UUUGAAAGCCGUGUUGAAUAAGAAUAAGAAGAUGUAAAGAUUUCUUAAUGGAGAAGUGAGCGGUGAGAGGAAACAGAAGAGAGAAGAGCAAUCGGUGAGUGAAUGGAAUGGAUUCAGGUCCUCCGGCGAACGAUUUGUGUUCAGUGUGCCAUGGCAACUUUCAUAUUCCAUGCCAAGCCAAUUGUUCUCACUGGUUUUGCGGAAAUUGCAUAAUGCUUGUGUGGCAGCACGGAUCAGUGGGUUGUUCAUGCAAGUGCCCACUGUGUCGUCGAGCCAUCAGUCUCUUAGUCCCCACAGAAGAGUCUCUGAGGCAACAGCAGGACCCCGAAGUUUCCCAGAUUCUGUCAAAGAUUCAUGCCUAUAACCGUUUCUUCGGUGGCCAACCCACCACUCUCUAUCAGAGACUGCGAGAUCUUCCCUUUCUCUUGCACAGGCUGCUCAGGGAAUUCCUCCACCCUCACAGAUCCCUUCCUCUUCUCAUUCGCGCUCGCGUCUUUGUUGUUAUGAUAGCGAGUGUUAUAUACCUCUUCAGCCCUAUUGACAUCAUUCCUGAAGGGAUAUUAGGAGUAGUUGGUUUCUUAGAUGAUCUCCUAAUUGUGCUCAUCUGCUUCCUACAUGUUGCUGCCCUUUAUAGAUCAGUACUCUACCUCCGUCAUGGGGGUUCCUGAACAUGUUCUACAAUUUUACAGGUAAAAUGAGAUGAUGAUGCCUAGAUAGGUGCCGGAUAUGGAUAGUGGGCAUUAUUCUUUCAUUUUCAAAAUUGAACUACUUUGUUUUCUAUGUACAUAGACAAGUUCAAUUUCAAAUAGUGGAAUUAGUAAUGGAAAUUACAAUGAAAAAGCUCUCUUUUAAAUUUCGCAUUA